AUGGAAUUUAUCAAAGGAUUAAAACUGAUAAGAAGGGACAAAAGCGAGGUCGAAGCCAAAGAAUUUUUAGAGGACAAAGAAGUAGUAGGCUUUUUUUUCGGAAACCGAUCGUGCCCAUGGUGUUUAGGUUUCACGUCCUACCUUGAUGAUAUCUAUUUGAAGCUCCAGAAGCAAGGAGCUUCAUUUGAGGUCAUUCUUAUAUCCAGUGACGAUAAAGAAGAAGCAAUGUUCGGCUACAUGGAUCAAAUGGAGAUCGGAUGGCCUGCAGUUCCUUUCAACUCUGAUGUUCGUCAAAAAUUAAUACAACUUUAUGAUGUCCAAUCCAUUCCGGCCUUGAUCAUCGUAAAGAAAGAUGGAAGUGUUGUGACUAAGGAAGGCGUGGAAGAACUUCAAGAAAAGGAGGAUGAAGCAUUCAGCGAAUGGUCCCGAUGA